AGCACUAACUGAACAGCGCACUGUCAAGACGGGCGACCAUUCGUUGAAGCUACCAUCCGGGCGAGAGGGCCGCUGCAGCAUCCGCAAAGAGAGGGAAACACCGUUUUGUAAGGCUCGUUUUUGUUUAGAAAACGUGGAAUCGGACAGAACAUGUCUUAUCAAGGCAAAAAGAACAUCCCAAAGAUUACAAGCGACAGGCUUUUGAUCAAAGGUGGAAGGAUUGUGAAUGAUGACCAGUCCUUCCAUGCUGAUAUCUACAUGGAAGAUGGCCUUAUUAAGCAGAUUGGCGACAACCUGAUUGUUCCAGGAGGUGUUAAAACCAUCGAAGCCAACGGGAAGAUGGUGAUCCCUGGUGGUAUUGAUAUCCACACACACUUCCAGAUGCCAUAUCGUGGAACCACAACCGUAGAUGACUUUGCUCAAGGAUCAAAGGCUGCCCUUGCUGGUGGCACAACCAUGAUCGUGGAUCAUGUGAUCCCAGAGCCCGGCAGCAGCCUGAUAGAGGCCUACGACCAAUGGAGGCAGUGGGCCGACGAGAAGGUCUGCUGCGACUACUCUGUCCAUGUGGACGUCACCCACUGGAACGACAGUGUAAAAACGGAGAUGGAUAAUCUCAUUAAGGAGAAAGGUGUGAACUCGUUCCAGGUCUACAUGGCCUACAAGGAUUACUAUCAGAUGAGCAACACUGAGCUCUAUGAGGUCUUUACCUUUUUGGGAGAGAGGGGUGGUAUUGCCCAGAUCCAUGCUGAAAAUGGCGAGAUCAUUGCUAAGGAGCAAGCCCGGAUGCUGCAGAUGGGCAUCACUGGACCGGAGGGGCACGUGCUGAGCAGGCCAGAAGAGCUGGAGGCCGAGGCUGUGUUUAGAGCCGUAACCAUCGCCAGCCAAACCAACUGUCCUCUCUACGUAACCCGAGUCAUGAGUAAGAGUGCUGCCGACAUCAUCUCGCAGGCCCGAAAAAAAGGAAAUGUGGUGUUUGGGGAGCCAAUCACAGCCAGUCUGGGGACUGAUGGGACACAUUACUGGAGCAAGAACUGGGCCAAAGCUGCUUCUUUUGUUACAUCGCCUCCUCUUAGUCCUGAUCCCACUACCCCAGACUAUCUGAACACCCUGCUGGCGAGUGGAGACCUCAGUGUGACUGGCAGUGCUCACUGUACCUUCAGUGUGGCGCAGAAGGCCAUUGGCAAAGAUGACUUCACUCAGAUCCCAGAAGGUGUCAACGGAGUGGAGGAAAGGAUGGCGCUCAUCUGGGAUAAAGCUGUGACUACAGGUAAAAUGGAUGAGAACAUGUUUGUGGCCAUCACCAGCACUAAUGCUGCUAAGAUCCUGAACCUUUACCCUCGGAAGGGUCGGAUUGCCGUGGGCUCUGAUGCCGACCUUGUCAUCUGGGACACAGACUCUGUUCGCACAAUCACUGCCAAGACUCACAACUCAGCUGCUGAGUACAAUGUCUUUGAGGGUAUGGAGCUGCGUGGUACCCCACUAGUGGUGAUAUGCCAGGGGAAGAUAGUUCUAGAAGAUGGAAACCUUCAUGUCACCUCCGGAGUGGGUCGCUUCAUUCCCUGCUCCCCCUUCCCUGACUUUGCCUAUAAGCGCAUUAAAGCCAGAAAGCAGUUGGCUGUGCUGAGGGCAGUGCCUAGAGGAAUGUAUGAUGGCCCAGUUUCUGAAUUUUCCAUGUCCCGCGGUGGUACCCCUUCCGCCUCGGCACGCACCUCUCCCACCAAACAACCUGUCAGAAACCUGCACCAGUCUGGAUUUAGUCUAGCAGGUCCUCCAGCACCAGAGGAAGUUCCCAUCAGGCCACCUGGCCGCCGUGUUGUAGUGCCCCCCGGUGGUCGUUCCAACAUCACAUCUCUCAGUUAAACAGCAGGAAGAGAAAACACUUCCAGAAGAACAACAGCCAGAGUGGACGGUAGUGGGAGGGUUAGGGGGAGGGGAAAGGGGAGGGUUAGGAGGAGGGAAAGAGGACCAGGGUUAAUAAAAGUUUAAAGAGCAAAACACUGAAUCCUCAUGCCUUACCUAUCACAAAGCUACUAUGCUCAGAUGAGAAUUGUAUCCGUUUUCCUGGACAGUGCAGAAGCUGUUAGAAGUUGCCAACAAAGCACAUUACACAGGAACAAUGUCAGCCUCAGUUCGUGUCAGUGUGGAACAACUAACAACAAAGCCAUGUUCUUCGGGUACUUAGGUAUUUGAUAAACACACCAGUAAAACUUUACAUCAUCAUAUUUAACCACAAAAAGGAAAUAAACAGUUUUUAGUGGGAAAAUGGAUAAUGAUUUUCUUGGGAUUCUCCUUUUAUCCUGCUUGGCUUUCAAUAUCACCCCUUUUUCAGUAGCUCGCUUCCUCCAUGGUCAGCAAGACUGAACAAUAAAUCUCACAUUAGCCAUGUUUUGUCAUGCAGUACCAUUGAUUAGCUCUAGUCGGCAGUGUACAUAUGGUAGAUGUAAUGUAGCUUUGUGAAUGAUGUGGUUGCAGCCUGUUUGGGUUUACUGGUCCAAUUAAAAUACUUUUAUCACCUCUCAAAGCAGGAGGGCUAUUGGACAUGGAGCUGCAUGGGCCACAUUAAUAUGGGCGACGUGAUCCAUGAUCCUUUUCCAGUUCCUCCUGUAAGGUGAUAUUUACCGUCCUCAUUAUGUACUGUAUUGAUGUUAAAAAAAGACAAUAAGAUGUGGGCUUAAGAAAACACUCAAAGAACACACAAAGAAAGAAGAAAUACUAGAAGUGUUUUUAUUAUUCUUCAUUCCCUAAACAUUUGUCAGAUUUUAUCAUUUUGCAUUCCUCCAUUUUCUUGUAAAAAGAACGUUGCAAGAAAUCGUCCCUUGUAUUUGCUUCUAGUAAACUGGCUGCUUCUGUGUCGCUGCAAUCAUUUCAAUAAAACAGAAUGGUAGGACAGAAUGGGCACUAACAAAACAUACAUACUCUAAAAUGAUUGGGUAAAAAAUUGAUUUAUUAUUACUGCCCUUUGCUGAUGUUUCUUUUUUUUUUAUCUUUAACUAACCUGGCUCUCAUUUAAGGACAAGUGGAAGACCAUCAUUCACUUGGGUUCCUCACUUAACCCUUUAUUGAAAUCCUCAAUGCAUUCAUAAGCUGCCUGAAGAUAAGCCAGCCUAUAUUCUGACAAGGCAGAGGAUUGUAGUGCCGUAAGGGAAGCCAUUCCUUUUAAGUUGCUCUUUAUUGUGGGACAAUUGAAACAAGAUACUGUUUUGAAUUUGCAGACUAAGGCAGACAUGAGAUGUGUUUUUUUUUUGGUAUUUAUGUUAGGAUGACAACCUUUGUUUUACUGGUAUGUUUCUUUUUUUUUUUUACUAUUCUGACAGAGCUCUGAGAUGGCGGGUCAAUAAAAGGUGUGCUGGUAUGAAAUUUUUCCUGAAUAAAAAUGAGUUGCAGCUGA